CUCACUCUGAGCCCUUGAAGUACUUGUUCCCCUUGGUUCCCCGCGGUUUUUGUGGAGUGUUGGGCAUCGUGGGAGGCAGUUGUUGAUGUGUGCAGAGGAGCCCAGGACAUAAGAAAAGUGGUGCAGGUUCUGGAACAGACGGCGAGGGAGAUCCUGACCCUGCUCCAAGUGUCCAUCAACCAUCUGGCUUCAAAGAGAGUCUCCAUCACCUUGACAUAACGGUUUCUGUUUUGUCACUCUAGUUCCCAGUAAGUGUGUAAUUGCUCUGGAACUGUUAAGCACAGUCCGUAUGUACUUUGGAGAGCUCAAACCAAAAUUCCCCCUGGAACAGCAUUACAGGUAAACGUCUCUUUCUUGUCCCCCUGUCUGUCACAAGUCCCCGGUAAGUGCGCAAAGGCCAAGGAACUGUUUUGUACGCAACUUGGAGAACUCAAAAACAAGUUCCCAGUGGAGCAGUACUACAGGUUCCAUGAGCACUGGAGGUUUGUUCUGCAGCGCCUGGCCUUCCUGGCAGCGUUCGAGGUCUACCUGGAGAGUGCGUCUCUCAUGACACGCGAUGAAGUGGCACAAAUACUAGGAAUCGAGGUGGUGCGAAAGAAGGGAUUCCACCUGGAUGUUGAAGAUUACCUGGCAGGUGUGCUGAUCAUGGCCAGUGAACUGUCUCGCCUGGCGGUGAACAGCGUCACAGCAGGGGACUAUGGCCACCCCCUCCGAAUCUCCAACGAGCUGGACUCUGGCUUCCGACUGCUUAACCUCAAGAACGACCCCCUGAGGAAGCGCUACGACGGCCUCAAGUACGACGUGGAGAAGAUAGAGGUGGUCUACGACCUGUCUAUCCGUGGCGUGACCAAGGAGCAGGAGGCUGGGGGAAACAAGUAGAGCUGUUGGGUGUGGAGGUGUAGGGCUGGGGCUCUACCCUAGGCUGGCACCUGACCUCUCCAUGGCUGGGACUGUGGUCUUGACCUGCUGAAUGGCAGGAAUAGGUCUGUUGCCCCAGUAACCUAGGACAGACUUGUGCAUGUGAUGAAUGGCAGUCUUGUCAGUGGGGUUUGAAAGCCUUUGAUAUAGAGGCACAGUUUGAAGGGGAGGGGUUGUUCCAGUUUGAUUACUGGUGUUUGGAAAUGUUCACUGUAAUAUCCAACAUCAUACUGUAAUAUGCCUGUUAUUAUCUUUCAGUGUUUUUUGCUGUUCAUACAUUUUGAACUGAUGUUUUGUACUGGUAUGAAUUAUUGUUGUUCAUUUCAUUUAAGGGGGGUGAUGACUGGGUGUAAACCCUCUCUUUUCUUCUGGGUGGAGGUUAACUACCAUGUUUAAGAAGCGCUUAUUUUGUUUUAGUUCACGAGCAAAUAAAUCAUGAUUUUGUGCCAUUUGUCUGCCAAAAGCCACGUGAUAUAACAUAGGAAUUUUCGUAUGGCUAGUUUGGUCUCUGAUUGUUCUAUUCAGGGUUUAUAUCUCAAAAUGUUCAAAUAACCAAUCAACAAAACAUCAGAGGGAAGCAAGGAGACUAGGGGAGAAUCUCAAUUGCCUACUCCUCGCCUCCUUCUCAAAACCCAUUGUAGGAGAAGGUCAGAGGGACGGCGCCUCUGGCUGUCUCAUCCAAUGGGUUUUGAGAAAGAGGCGAGGAUUAGGCAAUUGAGGUUCAUCCUAGUAGGAGAGGACAAGAUGAAUCACAGAGAGAUUCUCAUUUGGUAAAAAGACCAUCCUCUCCUCGAUGACUUGGAAACCGAUAAUUGGUCGAGGAG